AUUUCAAGAAACUUUUAUCAAAGUAUUGUCCUUUAGAUUUAUUUUCAUUGGAUGAUGUAAGAUUGAAGCGUGCUAUUGAAGGAUUAAUAGCUUGUCCGAACAAUAAUUUAAAAUUGUUUAUACAAGGCAUACAAAUACACAUUGGACAGGAUGAUUGGCCCACACAAUUAUACGAAUUUUUCAAUUUAAAUCGGUCUUCAACAGAUUUCAAAAUCCAACAUCAAAAUGAUGAUAUAACAAAUUUAUUAGUCAUGCUAUUAACGCAUGCUAUUUUUGAAGAGCAAAUUUUAUUUAAGCGACUCAAGCAUCUUCAAAAAACCUUGGAUGAAUUGGACAUAGAAGGCAUAUAUAAGUUAUUUUUGAAACAGCAAUCAAAUUUGCAUGAUCCAACAAUAGAUGAAUGGCAAUUAAUCGUAAAAGAAUAUAAACAGCGGAUUAAGGUUCCAAGUGUAUCACAUUUAAGUAUGAAUGAUAUACAGAUGAGACAACGAAUUUACGAGUUUCUGUUGUCUACUACAUUAAAAGAUUGUUCUAUAAUUUUCACGUUUCAGAAAUCUUGUUUUAAUGAUGAAACAAAAGUCUCCCAUGAAACUAGUAAUAUUUUCAAAGAAAAGAUUAAAUUUAUUUCCUUUUCUAAUGAUUCUAAUGAUGACAAAAUUUAUUUAAAAUAUCAAGUCAAUGUGAUCGAUUUAGAUCCUAAACCAGUAACUAAGAUACCGUAUUAUUAUGAGUUAGAUGCGAUAAUUGUGAAUAACUAUAUUAAAUAUGAGAAUGAUGUGACGAAAAGAUGUAUCGAAUAA